AUGGAACGAGAAUAUCAGGUAUUACUUCACCUUUUUUGGACAUGAUAUGGUUUUUAGGUAUAGCUAUUGGUCAUACUUGAUUUUGAGCUUUCCGCUUCAUCUUUUAAAGCAUGAAAAUAUAGUUUUUUGAAUGAGUCACGCUCUUUUGAACUAAUCUAGCUUCAAUUCUGAGAAUUUCGUCGAAGAGUUUUUUUUUAAGUGGCUUUUUGGUCCGGUAAGAAAAAUGAUUCAGAAAAAUCGAAAUUGUUAAGCUAAACGGUUUUUUUUUGUUCAAAUCCUGAGAAAAACCUUCGGAAUAGUAGGAAUAAAGUUCAACUCUCCGUUGAGGAUUUUUACGAAUUUGAUCCGGAAAGUAACCAUCCGCACAAUUUUUUGGUUUUCUUUUCAAAUUUCGUUGGAAGUCUUUUAUGAUUUGCUCGGUCCGAAAACUAAGAAGUCCAGACUUCUAGAGUUUUUUGCUCUUUCAAAAAAAAAAAAAUGCACUUUCAAUUAGUUUUCAGGUCGGUUUUGAAGAAGUAAAAGUUUUGGGAGUCGGUUCGCUAGUUUUUUCAGUGUUCCUAUUGUGUACCGUUUACUUGCAAUUAAUCUUACAGGUAUUAAUUUUUUUAAACUCCUUUUUCUCGCAGGACGACUUGACAACUGAGGUACUGAGAGGAGACGUUGCGAAAGUGCGUCGAAUGCUGCGCACAAAUGUCGACAUCGAAGCGAUUUCCGAGCCGUCUGGAUACACUCCUCUCACCGCCGCCGUUAUCAUCAACCAUGUCGAGCUCGUCAAGUUGCUCUUGGAGAAUGGAGCUGACAUUGAAAAGAAGAACGGGGUGAGAUUCUAUUUGAUGGAUUCAGGAGAUGCUUCGAAAAUAUCGAUGUAUUGAAGAGCAUACAGAUUUCAAAGCAAGAACCAUUUUAUGAUAACCGAAAGUAAAAUAAAAUUUCCCGAUUUCUCCCCUUUAAUUUCAAACUAGAUAGUGACCACUGUUACAUUCGAAAAUGGAGAUAAUGGAAAAAAAAAGAAUAUUUGCAAAGAAUCUAAGAAAUACAGUACCGCUCAAAAGUAUAUUAAGUUUUGGUUUUUUGAGGAUAUCUCAGCGAGUACUUAUCCGAUUGAUAUAUAACUUUCAGGGAUAAUGUAAAAUAUACUUUGAAACAUAUAUGCUAUACAAAGACAUGUGCGCAAUCACUUUGACGCGUUUUAGGCAUUUUUUAUUGAAUUGAAUUUGUUUUGUUUUUCAUGCUUUUAUUUUUAUUUAUUUUUAUUAAAUGUAUUCUCCGUGGAACAUUUUUUCAUCAUACUCGAGAGCCUGUUAGGUCCGAAUUGUUUUUAUCGGCUAUUUUUUCUGGGCUAUCCUACGGUUCUCUUUACACGGGCUUCUUAUAGCGGAUUCACAGCUGGUUUGAGAAAAAAAAUGGUACUGGCACGAUGGAAAAAGAGAUAGUGCCUGGUUGGUGGAGAGUGCAGGCAGGCCACCCCCUUCGGCGUCCCAAGCUAGGAAAAGAAUAAUAUCGCGUUUUGAGUGGGACCUGAACGCUCUGAUGCUCUCGAUGACCGAGCGGUCGGAUGAAAUGUUCGACUUGCUCCUGAACAGCGGCGCCGACGUCAACUCGAUGGAUGAGGACGGCGUGACUCCGCUUUUCGUAGCCCUCGACCCCACCUUCGAGCCCAAUCGUCGUCCACUCAGGCUCAUGGAACUCGGCGCUCGAGUCAACGUCUCCAACAAGGUUUUUCUUGCGGUUUUCUCAUCAAAAUUCAUCUUCCUCCCUUUAAAGUUCUGAUUAUUAGUGGCCACUAUAGUAGUCGAAUUAGCACCUCAUUAAGAGUCUAAGUGGUAUUACUAGACCUAGUUUAAUUGCGUAAAAAAGUAGGAUGACCUGUUUCUCAAAUCAAAACUAAACGACCUUUGGCAGUUGCCUGAUCGGUUUCUCUUCUUAGUAUUUCUCCUCAAGAAGAAGUCUUUUUGAGGAAGGAGUGACUCCGCUGCACUGCGCCGUCGUCCGAUACCACUGGGAGGCCGUCGUGAAGAUGAUCGAAAGGGGCGCCAACGUCAACGCCAAGACCAUCGAAGGGUGCACGCCGCUGCAUGCGGCUGCGUCUUUCAAUAAUCAUUUCUCGCUCAUCGACUUGUUGGUCAACAAUGGAGCUGCUUUGGAAAAUCGGGCCGAGGUCGGUCUAAUUUUGAACUUUACGAAUAUAUCCCAUAUGAACUGAGAGCUUUUUUCAUUCUGGUUUAUAGUUUACAGUGAAGCAAGAUAUUGAUUACUUUAAUCUUCAUUUUCGAUUUCGCCUAGUCGAUUCCAUCUGACUAAAACAACCAAUAAAUAUUGAUUGAUGAAAUAUUGAUGAUGAUUCAACGAUAAAAAUGGGUUCAAUAAUUCUUUCCCAGCGUGAAUCGACCAAAAACGAUUUUGAAGUUGUUUUUCGGUGUCGGACAUUUUGUUGAUUUUUGGUUUCGGGCUGUAACUUUCUGAGAAAACUAGCUAUCGGACUUGUUUUUUUCUGAUAAUAAACUGGUCCCGUAGGAAACAACUACUGUAUGUCUUGACAAAAACGUAAAAGAUGAGUUCCAACCUCAUGGUGGUACUGUAAACAAAAAUAAAGUUAAUUUAUAUAAUAAGCGUGGCGGCCUUUAGAAAUGGUAUGCCUCUGCCUAUAUGGUCACGAAAUAGCUUAUGAAGAAAUUACCCCAUGAAUAUCACCGCAUUAUCACCUAUAGUUAUGGAUAUCAGCUAGAGAAACGCAAUACCGCGGGAAAGCUGCGACAUCGCAAACUUCUUACGCUAUAUCGCUCUCUGAAAUAAUUCCUACAAAAUAUUCUAUCCUUUGAUUCGAUUCGCACGCCUAUAGUGUUCCCUUGUUCCUUUCCCGACUUUUUCUCAAAAUCUUUUUGUUUUUUUCAUCUGUUGUUUCCAGAUCACUUUUUGUUUUUAAAAUUUGAGAUGAAAUGGUGAAGAAUUCUUCUUUCUUCGAAUAUUUCUCACGCCCACGCUCAAAUUCGAUUUCCCCGCCAAAUAUCGUAUUUGGGGGAAAUUUCGUGGGGAACGUGCGGGAACUGAAUUGAAAAAAUAGUGAGCGGAAUCAACACAAAAUUGUGUGUUCCGGGUAAGAGGGUCAUGUGAUGGAAGCACAGCAGAUUAAAAGCUACCGUAAACAUUUUUUUUUUGCAAAUUUGCACCACGAAUCUAGUAAAAACGAUGGUCUCGCAGCGAAGUUUGGUAUGAGGUCUUUUUUGAUGGAAAAAAGGGACAAACUUGUGUGGAUUAUGAUGGUUUUUGAUAGAUUUCGUCAUUUGAUUUAAUCGAUAAUGAUAUAUCUUGAUGCAAUCAGCAGGAACGGAUGAAAAGCAAUAGUGUCGAUAAAUAAAGUAAAAUUCUCGAUUUGGACUUCUUUAUUUCAGAGAAACCACACUCCGCUUCUGGCUGCCGUCUACUGUGGGAAAACCGAAUGUGUCCAAGCUCUGAUCAGAAAUGGAGCGAGGACCGACGUUCGAGACCGGGAAGGCACGCCGGCACUCGUUCUGGCGGCCAAGAAGGAUUGGCCGAUGUGCGAGGCCCUCCUCAGCUCUCCGGAGAUCGACAUCGACGCCGUUGAUGUUGUCAGUACUACAGAACUAGACUGGCGAUCAAUACAACUUGUAAAUUGAUGUCUCCGAAAAGAAAUUCUGGAGAUACCAAGUGGGCAAAAUCUAGACCGUUAAGAUUUGUAGAAAUUUCCAACUUCCGACGGGAAGAACCUCAAAAAGCUAUAUUUCCGCCCAAACUUAUUUUCAAUUUCAUCGAUUUUCUAAGACUCUAAAAUAUGUUGAUUGACAGUUUGGAAACACGGCGAUGCACGAAGCCGUCGUCGCGGAAAACUUCCAACUCUUCGACGAGCUCAUUCGUCGCGACGCCGCUGUCGACGUCCAGAAUGGAGCUGGAGAAACUCCGUUGAUGUUGGCCGCCCAACGGGACUUGGCCGACGUCGUUGAGGAGCUGCUGGCCAAAAACGCCGACCCUCAACUGCGCAAUGGAGUUCGCGAAUUUGAUUUUUCAAAAAUUGAGAAAAGCUGCGGGAUCACUCUAGGGUUUUAGGGUUUAAAGAAGUGAUCAUUUUAGAGACCUCUUUGAGUAAAUAUGUGGAGAAAACGUAUGAAAAAAAUUUUUAACGAUGUUUUUAAAGCCUCGCGCUUGAAAAUCGAUUCUCAGUAUUUUCCAAUUAUUUCUAAUACGAAAUCGCAGAAGUCGUUUUAGGUCGGCUGCAAAAAAUUUCAUCCGAUUGUUCGCGAUUAACUUUAAGACUACUACAAAAGAAGAGUUUGAAAGCCUCGCGGGGACACAUUUAGUAGACGGUCUUCUUUAAGUGACCCCUGAAGAGAAAAAGAUUCACUCUAGGGAACACUUGCGUCUUUCUGAAGAUGUCUGAAAGAUAACGGGUCUCUAACGAGGCCUGAAACGUUUUUUCAACGCGUUUUAGUAGACGAUUUCCAGUAUGACGAGUCCGUUUUCGACAUUGCUGAAAGAGAAGAUGCUUCCGAAACGCUUGAAGUUCUGCGCCUGUGGAUCGAGCAGGUCCUUUUCAUAGACUUUAUUUAUUCUUCGAAUCAAACAUUUCCAGAAUAUUCUGCAUCCUGGUCUAGUCUUUGAACUGGAAGAUGUCAGCAGCGAUGAAGAAUGA